AUGGAGGGUCAGGGUGGGAAUGACUAUCCCGAAGGGGGGGCUUGGCCGUUAGUGACACAACGUGGCGGAAAAGUGCCGACAGAAGGAUCGCGAUCAUCACUGGACGCGUACUCGUACCUCGUUGAACUCCAGGGGACAUUUCAGAAAGCCGAACACACUGGGAAAGGCUCUUGUUGGGGGAUCUACUGGUAG